AUGGCGCAUAGUGGUGGUGGAGUUUUGAGUUCAGAUAUAUCGCGAAGAAACCCACAAGACGAAUAUGAGCUCAUACAGAGGAUUGGAUCAGGAACCUAUGGCGAUGUGUACAAGGCUAAAAGGCUCAAUGGAAACGGUGAACUUGCUGCCAUCAAGGUGAUCAAGCUGGAGCCGGGUGACGACUUCGCCAUCAUCCAACAAGAGAUCCUGAUGAUGAAGGAUUGUCGCCACCCGAAUAUAGUCGCGUACUACGGCUCCUACCUGAGACGAGACAAGCUGUGGAUCUCUAUGGAGUACUGUGGAGGAGGCAGCUUACAGGAUAUCUACCACGUGACAGGGCCCCUAACGGAGCUGCAGAUUGCGUACAUGUGUAGGGAGACGCUGACGGGCCUCUCAUACCUCCACAGCAUGGGCAAGAUGCAUCGGGACAUAAAGGGUGCCAACAUUCUGCUGACGGAGUGCGGGGACGUGAAGCUGGCGGACUUCGGCGUGUCGGCGCAGAUCACCGCCACCAUCAACAAGCGGAAGUCGUUCAUCGGCACCCCCUACUGGAUGGCGCCCGAGGUGGCGGCGGUGGAGAGAAAGGGUGGUUAUAAUCAACUUUGUGAUAUUUGGGCGUGCGGCAUUACCGCUAUAGAGCUGGCGGAGCUGCAGCCGCCGAUGUUCGAGCUGCACCCGAUGCGCGUGCUGUUCCUGAUGUCCAAGUCGGGCUUCAAGCCGCCGGCGCUGCGCGAGCGCGACCGCUGGGGCGCCGCCUUCCACGCCUUCCUCAAGCUCGCGCUCACCAAGAACCCCAAGAAGCGCCCCACCGCCGACAAGCUGCUGCAGCACGCGUUCUUCCAGCAAGAUAUGACCAAGCGAUUAGCGAUCGAGCUUUUGCAGAAGUAUUCCAACCCCGCCAGUCACCAGCCCAACCAGGAGGCGGACGAGGAUGCGGCGGUGUGCAACGUGCCGCAGCGCAUCGCGUCGCGCCACACGGGGCGGGGCCGCCGCGUGCCGGCCGAGCCCGCCCCGCCGCCGCCCCACCCGCCCCCGUCGCGGCCCUCCUCGCUGGGGGGGGAGCUGCCCCGGCCCGGCGUGCUCAGCGGCCGCGGCGCGUACGACGACUCGCCGGUGGUGGACCUGGACGCGGAGGGGGAGGGGGAGGGGGACACGGUCAAGCGGACCAACGGUCAGUACCACCGCCAUGUAUCACAGACAGACGAGUGAGGACUGGAGCGUGGCAUCACUGAUGAGUUGUCCGAAACACAACCCCCUGCAGGAGAUGGCGACAGACACGAUGCCCACCAGCGAGAAGAGCCUCUUGCAAUAUAUUGACGAAGAGUUGAUGCUCAGGGCAACCCUGCCGCUCACGGCGGACACGGCGGCGAUGACUCAAGCCGGCAACACCGAACUGUCGACGCACAUGCACGACCAACACUUGUCGCAAUGCAUACAGUUGAAACAGAACUUUUUAAACAAUUCCACCACGAACAUCUAUCAGAAUCUGGCGUCGAACUUUCAGAGUCCGAUCGGAUCGUCCAUGGUGUCUAUAGACGAUCCACUCUGCAGGAAAAUGGGGGAGACCGACAUAAUGUUCGCGGACCAUUCGGAGAGCGGCGUCGUGGUCGACUCGCCCCGGGUUAGAAACUCGCACUGCGAAUGUGGGCUCUGCCCCAAACCGUCGAUGCGCGACGACAACACGCUGAGCGAUCUGCAGCGCUCCGUGGCCUCCAAGUGCUCCUGCGACGCUUGCAACUCCAACGGGGACAUACUCAGCUACUAUAGGAAUUGCUCGAAGCAGAGCUCCGACUCGGGCAUAGUUUACUGUGAUACCUGUAAAAAACAAAAGAUAUCAGUUUCAAAUUUUAGAGCUUUGCAAAUAGCCAACAGUUUGAGGAUAGUAGACGAUAAGUUAGAGAACGGGGGCAACUCGGACGACGAUCUGUGUAGGAAAAUAGAUAUGAGCUUGAAUAUGGAGCAGAAAACGUACGAACACAGAAAGAGGCACAACAGGCACAAUUCUGAUACCAUCACUGCCGGUAUAGAUUUGAGUCAAUUCUGCCAGUGCGAGUUGGAGAGUAGCAAGAGGAAGACGUCCUCUGUAGAUGAAAUAUUUAGUAGGGUAGAGGGGAGCGGGAGGGAGACCAAGUCUGAAAUGUCGGAGGAGGAACUCAAGGUGGGACAGAGACAGAGGAGCCUGUCCGAUAGUCAAAGGGAUAAAGCCAAAGUCGAAAGUAAAGCAGGGUCUGUGGGGGCGGAACGCGCGGGGGGCGAGGCGCCGCUGGUGCCGCCGCGGCGGGGGCGGGGGCGGGCGCGGGCGCGGCGCGCGCACACGCCCCCGCGCCCCGCCCCCAACGGCCUGCCGCCCACGCCCAAGGUGCACAUGGGCGCCUGCUUCUCCAAGGUGUUCAACGGAUGUCCGUUGAGAAUAAACUGCACGGCGUCAUGGAUACACCCCGACACUAGGGAUCAAUAUAUACUUAUUGGUGCUGAAGAAGGUAUUUACACGUUGAACCUGAACGAGUUGCACGAGACCGCGAUGGACCAGCUGUGCCCGCGCCGGACGAUAUGGCUCUAUGUCAUAAAGGACGUACUCAUGUCACUCUCCGGCAAGACGCCGUCGCUGUACCGGCACGAGGUGCUGGCGCUGCUGGGCGCGCGCGGGGGCGGUCGCUGCGGGUGCUGCCCCCGCGCCUGCUGCGGCGCCUGGCCCCCUCCGCGCGCGUGCCCGACACCCGCGGCUGCGUGCGCUGCGCGGUGGCGCGCAACCCCUACAACGGGUACAAGUACCUGUGCGGGGCCACGCCCACCGGCCUCUUCCUCAUGCAGUGGUACGACCCCCUGCGGAAGUUCAUGCUGCUCAAGAACAUAGAGUGCGUGUUGCCGACCCCCCUGCUCGCGUUCGAGCUGAUCAUCACCCCCGACCUGGAGUAUCCCCUUCUGUGCGUGGGAGCCACCCGGAACCCGCUGCGGCUAACGUUGCUCAAUAUCAACUCGGGCACUAGUCGGCUGCAGGCGGAUGAGGGGGAGGGGGAGGGGUGCGAGCGGCUGCACACGCUGCGCGCCGUGCAUCAACUGGACAAGGACCAGGUGCUGGUGUGCCACGAGAACGUCAUCGACGUCAUCCCCGUGGCCGCGCCGCCGCCGGACGAGCAGCGCCGCAAGCACAAGCUAGUGCAGCGGAUGCAGUUCGACUUCAACAUAGACAGCAUACUGUGCCUGCCGGACUCGGUGCUGGCGUUCCACCGGCACGGCGUGCAGGGCCGCUCCCUGCGGCACGCUGACGUCACGCAGGAGAUACACGACCGCUCGCGCCACUACCGCCUGCUGGGCGGCGACAAGUCAGUGCACACUAUACACUAUACAUGUACACACGCCCACGUCACGCAGGAGAUACACGACCGCUCGCGCCACUACCGCCUGCUGGGCGGCGACAAGUCAGUGCACACUAUACACUAUACAUGUACACACGCCCACGUCACGCAGGAGAUACACGACCGCUCGCGCCACUACCGCCUGCUGGGCGGCGACAAGUCAGUGCACACUAUACACUAUACAUGUACACACGCCCACGUCACGCAGGAGAUACACGACCGCUCGCGCCACUACCGCCUGCUGGGCGGCGACAAGUCAGUGCACACUAUACACUAUACAUGUACACACGCCCACGUCACGCAGGAGAUACACGACCGCUCGCGCCACUACCGCCUGCUGGGCGGCGACAAGUCAGUGCACACUAUACACUAUACAUGUACACACGCCCACGUCACGCAGGAGAUACACGACCGCUCGCGCCACUACCGCCUGCUGGGCGGCGACAAGUCAGUGCACACUAUACACUAUACAUGUACACACGCCCACGUCACGCAGGAGAUACACGACCGCUCGCGCCACUACCGCCUGCUGGGCGGCGACAAGUCAGUGCACACUAUACACUAUACAUGUACACACGCCCACGUCACGCAGGAGAUACACGACCGCUCGCGCCACUACCGCCUGCUGGGCGGCGACAAGUCAGUGCACACUAUACACUAUACAUGUACACACAGAUAUACACACUGACUGACUUGACAAGUACACACCAGUUAUGCUUUCUAUCAAUAUCGAUAAAUAUUGUCGUUUGUAUUACAGGGUGGUAGUACUAGAGUCGCAUACUCUCCAGAACAACACGCUGUCGAGCGAGGACGGCAACGAUCUCUACAUACUGGCGGGGCACGAGGCCUCCUACUAGGUGUGUCGAUAGCAAAGAUUUUAACAAUAUUUUCUAGAGACUUUUUUUCGUGUAGACGAAGCUCGAUAUGGAGUUCUAGGGACGAGUGUCGAUGCAUCGUUUUAGUGAAUAUAUAAUGUUACGAAAAGUGAUUUAUUUAUGUAGCUCGGGUACAAAUAACACGCGCUCUUAAGGGAACAUUACUUCACCUUAAUAUUGUUACGACCGAUGAAAUUAUGUCCUGAUGUUAAGUAUCACUUAGUGCUCUUCCCCCUCCUCAACAGUGG